GUUCUCUCCACUAAACUCAAACCUAAACCAAAAUUUUCUGGAACUCACCACUCUCAGACUCACACCUCAUACCUUCUCUCUUGGCGACGGGGACGGCAACCCUCCUUCCACCUGCACCGGCCACGGCCUUUCUCAGCCUCAGAGCAGCAACAUUCUCGGCCACUCUCUGGAAAAUCAAAACCUAGCUUGGUGAAGCCCUAGCCGUUCUCCACUUGUUCCCUUCCUCUUCACUUCACUGAACCAGGCUACCUCUGUUUUUAUAUCAAAUAAAUAGCAAGAAGAGGCGAAACAAGUCAUCAUUCUCUAAGCGUGGAAAGAGGCAAAAAAAUCAAUGGCUACUUUGAAGGAAAUCUUAACACGACGCCCUGUGUCCGCGACUAUUCGCCUGACUGUACCAGCAGGAGGUGCUCGUCCUGCACCCCCUGUUGGUCCAGCACUAGGGCAGUAUCGAUUGAACUUGAUGGCAUUCUGCAAGGACUUCAAUGCUCGUACUCAAAAGUACAAGCCAGACACCCCUAUGUCUGUAACUAUCACCGCCUUCAAAGACAACACAUUCGAGUUCACAGUUAAAUCACCAUCGGUUUCUUGGUACCUUAAGAAGGCAGCUGGGAUUGAAUCAGGAAGCAGCCGUCCAGGCCAUGUAAUUGCAUCAACACUGCCACUCAAGCACGUGUAUGAGAUCGCCAAAGUGAAGCAAUCCGAUCCUUAUUGCCAGUACAUGUCAUUGGAGUCUAUUUGCAAGUCCAUCAUUGGUACUGCAAAUACCAUGGGGAUCAAGGUUGUUAAGGACUUGGAGGAGGAGUAGAUCAUCGAUUCAAUCGUUGUCCGAAUCCAAGGUAGGUUUUAAGGUGUCCUCAUAAACUUUUGUUUUCUUCCCUUUGUAGAAUUUGCUGCUGAGGAAAGUAACAUCUUCAUAGGCUUAGUUUCAAUCCCUUUGUAGAAGAUUCAAAGGAAAAGUGAAAAAAAUUACAAAAGAGGAUUGUUUGGUAAAUUUAUCCUUGAGCCAAAUGUGUGUUUUACAUAAGUGGUCAAACAAUAGUUUACUAUGAUGAGAUUUUUAUUUAUUUAUUUUUUUUUUUUGAAUAAAAGCGAACUUAUCAUAAA